CCGUAAGCUCUGGCCGCCUGUAAACCACCUGUAGCCAGCUCUGAGGCCAUUCGCUGCUCUCUGCCAAUUCGCGGCCAUCUUUUUUAGUCCCUUGACCUCUGCAACUUCUACACUGCGCAUGCGUAGCAAGUUUGAGAGAAGGAGAUGAAGCUAGCGUCGUUGCUGGAGUCUAAGCGCUCAAAAAAGCUUGCAGGCUUCCUCAUAAAACGCAGGAAGCCACUUGGUAUUCUGCUCUACCUGUGUGGACUGGUGUACCUCGGAAUGCUGCCGAGGGAUGAGUUCAAUCGCCGCAGUUUCGUCGACGAGAACGCUUUGAUGGUUGGUCUGGUGAGGAGGGAGUUCAGAGACUCUCAGAGCAUCUCUGACUACGCCGAGGAGCUUGCCGACUUCGGAGUUGACCAAGAGGGUCUCAUGGUGUGGUUGGAAGCUUCCUUCUCUAGAAUUGGAUUGGAGGUGUACUCCCAGAACUACUCGGCAGUCCUACCUGCCGUCGCGGGGCCUCAGGCGGCAUCUGUGAGUGGUCGGAGCGUCUACGGAGUGCUGAGAGCAGGAAGGGCGUCAAGCGCUGAAUCCCUCGUAUUUUCCGCUCCCUCUGGAGAAGCAGCCAACACUCACGGACUGGCUGUUAUGCUGAGUCUUGCCAAGUACUUCAAGAGUAAGAACUAUUGGGCCAAGGACAUCAUAUUUUUGGUGACAACUGGAGGUGAAAUAGGAGUUCAGGCCUGGAUAAACAGUUACAUGGGCAAUGCUGUAAAAGGCAUCAACGCUGGGCCUCUACCAGGAAGAUCAGGUGCCAUUCAAGCAGUGAUAAAUCUUGAGAUUGACUCACCAAAGAUCGAAUAUGCAAGAAUAAUGAUUGAGGGCGUGAAUGGAAUUCUCCCAAACCUUGACCUAGUUCAUGUUCUCACGCACCUGAGUGAAAUGGAGGGCAUUCCUUCAGCUCUACACAUGGGGUGGGAAGGUGUAAGGUCGCAUGGGAGAUACUCCAAACCCGAUUUAUCAGACUCCGCCCACAAGCUGUACACUGUAGCGUCUCUCAUGGCUCACCAGGCCCCUGGUCUUCCUCUCGCUGGCCACGCCCCCUUCCUGAGGCAUAGGAUCGAUUCCGUGACGGUGCGUGGUGUGGGCUCAGGACCUACUGCAAAGCCACUACUCAACCUGGCCAGGUAUCUAGCAGUGCUUUUAGCAGAGAAAACUUGCAUUUUCUCUGUGAGUUCUGCCUUUUGUCUCCCCCCAGGGCCUUGGAGGGUAGUUUUCGAAGCCUCAACAAUCUCCUGGAGAGACUCCACCAUUCAGAGUUCUUCUACUAUGCCCCGUCUCGCGGGAGAUUCAUCUCCAUCGGGCUGUUCAUGCCUCCCCUCGGCCUCCUACUGGCUCCACUCAUGCUGGAGGGCCUAUCUCAGUGGCUGCUGGCAAGAGGAUUCAGAGUGGCAGCUGCUGAGUGCUCAGGAAGUGGUGACUCCAGUCAACAGCAGGUGAGGCCUUGUUUGGAGCUACACUACUUUUGGUGGUCAAUGAACCAAUCAUGAUUGCACUUACCAAAGACGACUCUGUUGUCUGUGCAGCUGUUGCACCCACCGACGUUUCCAUUCCAUUCCAUCCUGGGAAUGGUCCUGCCUUCGCUAAUGAGUGGGGUUCUCCUCCUCAUUCUGCCGAGACUGGCGGCCAUGUUGCUGACUCCUCUGGGACCAGGGGUCCUCGCAGCUGCCCUGGCAUGGGGCUGUCUCCUCUCCAUCUUCCUCCCUCUCUUUUCCAGCUCCACUGUUCCGGCCAGCAGCUGGCACAUGACAAAGUGCUUCUCACUCAUCUUACAGCUGCUUCUUCUGGUCACCGUGGCAAUGAUGAACUAUGCCCUCUCCAUCUCUCUCGUCCUCUUCCUCCCUCUCCCCUCCGUCCUUUCUCAACCCUCCACAAUCAAUGGUGGAAGACUUGGUCGUGUUCUUGGACAGCUCUUCCUCCUCCUCUGCUCCCCUCCACUCUCCAUACUCUACCUCUGCUGUCUCUAUAACACUCUUCUCGCCUCCAACAUUUCUCCCUCGUCAGAUAUCCGAGCCGUUCUGGUUGGCGGGGUGGGUGUGGCAGGGCGGGGUCUGGUUCUGGCGUACAACUCGUGGUAUUUCGCAGAGGCGUGGUUGUUUCCUGUGGUGUGUGUGGUGGUGUGGCCAGCUUGGCUCAUGGGGUGGAAACUGGCCUGCCAGACUGUGCAGGAGAAGAGGAGAGAGGAGAGUGGGAGAGGUGGUGGAAAACCUGACAGUUCCGCCUCCCAUCUUCACUCAGAUUAAACUCUGAAUCAGUGUACAAUAUACAAUAGGCAUUCUGUCAUAUUUGCAUCACAUCUAGUAGUUUGUUGGUCAUUUCAGGCUUUAUGCGUGGCUGUUGAAGCGUGUUUAUUGAAUCGACAUUCAUUGGCAGUGCUGAUUAAGAAGUGGAGUUAGCAUCACAUCCUCUAGUGGUCACACGCCUACACAAACCACACUUGGGCCCUAUGGUGGAACCUAGUGGGGGUGGGAGUGUUGCUC